ACUAAUGCGCCUGGUUAACUUACUUGCCGUGCGCAGUCGAUAUGCGUAAUGGCCACGGCGUCGAGAAACUUUCUACCAAGGCUCUUGGACACGAUGCAAUCUCCUCCUAAAGUCCUUAUCGUUGGAUCUGGACCCGCAGGCCUCAUCCUUGCUUUAUCACUGCUGAAGAACGGGAUACCAGUUCGGAUUAUCGAGAAAGAUGCUAAACAUCAUAAUGGCGAACGUGGUCCUGGAGUAAUGCCACGCACGCUUGAAAUCGAGCAUUUCCUUGGUGCUGAAAAUGACGUCCGCAAGACUGGGGCUAGGCCAGCAACGAUUCAUUUUUUUGACUCGGAAGAUCCUCACCGCAUCAAAAAGUCUUCAAGUUUGAUUCAAAAUGUCGAGCCAACACCUGCUUUCCCAAUUACCCGACCGGUAGUCCUUGGCCAAUGGCGCCAUCAGGCCAUCCUUCGCAAGCACAUCGAAGCUCUUGGUGGAGUCAUCGAGCUCGGAUCUGCUUUUAUUGGCUGUACACAGGACGGGAAUGGUGUGACAGCAGUGAUUAAAAAGACAACAGAUGGCGUAGAGCAUACAGAGAACGCUCGAUUUGAGUAUCUCGUAGGCGCGGACGGCGGACGAAGUACUGUGCGGAAAGCCAUGGGUGUCGAUUUCCAUGGAGAAACCCGUGAAGAAGGAAGGCUGCACCUUGUCGAUACUCGUAUAGAAGGUCUUGGUGUUAACACGGACAUUUGCAUGUGGGGCAGCCACAAGACUGCAAUGGUAGUUGUUAGGCAAACAGUGGAGCCUGGUCUGUUCCAGGUGAUCUUCUCUGGUCCCGAAGUGAACUUCGACUACCUCAGAGAACAUGAUGACCCGCAAACAAUUCAGAAUGAACUACAUAGGAUCAUGAACCGCACCGAUAUUCGAGUUACCGGAAUAACUUGGCACGGCGAAUGGAGACCGAAUAUUCGCAUGGUGGACCAUUUCCAAGUCGGAAGACUGUUCAUUAUUGGCGACGCUGCACACACACAUUCUCCGACAGGAGGACAGGGAUUGAACUCCAGCGUACAAGAUGCUUUCAAUCUUGGCUGGAAACUUGCACUCUCAAUCAAAGGAAAUGCUUCGCCGCACUUGUUAGAAUCCUUCCAAAGCGAACGGCUCCCGGUAAUCGCGGAGAUGCUACAGCUCACGACCAAAUUACUUGACCGCUACAUUACGACUGGCGCAACUGAGAAACAAUCUCAAAAAAGUACGAGGGAUGAAGACGUAUGGUUCCGCGACAGGAGACUUCUACAACUCGAUUUACACUAUCGCUGGAGUCCGGUGGUCGUCGAUGAGCGUUUUGCACCACCUAGCCCGGGUUCUAUGGAUGCGUAUGGUGUGGUGGCCAAGGAAAGACGAGCCGGGGACCGGGCCCCUGACGCACCAUCUCUCGUUGGACCAAAUGCCCCAGAUCGGCUUUUCGACAUAUUCCACCCAGCAAAGCACACUGUAUUGCUGUUCGUUGCAGAUCAAUCCCAAGUCGAGCAAGCACGCGCGAUCAUAUCCCCGUUUUCCUCGAUUGAUACGGGAUUGAUACAGGGGAUACUUGUAUUCCCAGCAGAUACGGACGCAUCGAAUAUUUCAGGCAGCGACAUGGAGUUUGUUGUUGUGGACUCAGAGGGACACGCAUUUACCAAUUAUGGCAUUAACACGGAGGGUUUGCCAACGGUGGUGGUUGUUCGACCCGAUGCCAUUAUCGGGGCAUUUUUAAAGGCGGAGGCUGGUACCCGCAAAUACCUUUCGGCUGUCUUCCAGACGAUCCAGUGA